UGCCGCAGGUGCCGCCCCGCAGAGCCGGCGCAGCGCCGGCAGGGUCGGUGCUGCUGUCGCUGGUGGCCAACCAGGAUGCGGCUGCGCUCGGGUGUGUUCGCCUCCUCCUGCCUCCUCGUGCAGGCCUUGGGCGUCGCGCUGUUCCUCCGCGGCUUCUUCCCGCUGCCCGUCAGGUCCGUGCCCCGCCGAGAGGCCCGCGCGGACGCUCCCGCCGAGCCGGCCCCGCCCGGCCCAGGAAUAGUUUCUAACUGGACCAAGAUUCCUCCACCGCUUUUCAAAAAAGUUGUCGUUGUGCUGAUAGAUGCUUUGAGAGAUGACUUUGUGUUUGGAUCCAAAGGUAAACAGUUUAUGCCUUAUACUACUCAAGUUGUUGAAAAAGGGACUUCCUACAGUUUCAUUGCUGAAGCCAAGCCACCCACUGUGACUAUGCCUCGAAUUAAGGCUUUGAUGACAGGUAGCAUACCUGGUUUCAUCGAUGUUGUUGUGAACCUCAAUUCUCCAGCUGUCUUGGAUGACAAUCUGAUAUGGCAGGCAAAAACAGCUGGGAAAAGAAUAAUAUUUUAUGGUGAUGAUACUUGGGUCAAAUUGUUCCCAAAGCACUUUGUGGAAUAUGAUGGAACAACAUCGUUUUUUGUGUCAGACUUUACAGAGGUUGAUGAUAAUGUUACCAGACAUUUGGAUAGUGUGUUAAAGAGAGAAGACUGGGAUCUCCUAAUACUACAUUACCUGGGGUUGGACCAUAUUGGUCAUAUGACUGGGCCAAACAGCCCAUUAGUGGGUCCAAAACUUCGUGAAAUGGAUAACAUACUGAAGAAGAUUCAUAUUUCCCUUCUUUCAAAGGAGGAAGCUUCUCUUCCCAAUUUGUUAGUUGUUUGUGGGGAUCAUGGAAUGUCUGAAACAGGCAGUCAUGGUGGUUCUUCAGCAGGAGAAGUGCACACACCACUGCUGUUUAUCAGCUCUGCUUUUGGGAAGAGAAGUGCUCCUCUAGCCCAACCUGAACAUGUGCAGCAAACAGAUUUAGCUAGCACACUGGCAAUAGGUCUUGGCCUACCAAUUUCAAGAAACAGUGUUGGGAACCUUAUAUUACCAGUUGUUGGAGGCAAGACAAUGAGAGAACAGCUACGUUUUGUGCACUUGAAUGGGUUCCAGCUUAGCAGAUUGCUGCAAGAGAAUACGCCUGCAUAUGGAAAAGAUCCUGGAUAUGAACAUUUUAAGAUAGCAGAAAAAUCCCAUGGUAAUUGGAUCAAAUUGUAUUUAGAGGGAAAUAAUUCAGAAAUACUCUUAAAUCUUGGCAAGAAGGUCCUGAAGCAAUACUUGGAGGCCCUCAAGACUUUGAGUUCUUCAUUAAGCAAACAAGUGGCACAAUAUGACAUGUAUUCAAUGAUGGUGGGGACUGUGAUCAUUAUGGAGGUUCUGAUACUGCUUUUGCUCAGUAUUCCCAAAGCCUUGAGUAAGCAGGCAGAAUUUGAAGUGCUCCUCUCUCCUCUACUAUUCUCUCUGCUGUUCUACUUGAUGUGUCUGAUGCUGUGUGCUGUUCAUGUCAUUGUAUGCACAUCAGCAGAAAGUUUGUGCUAUUUCUGCAGUAUGUCCUGGUUAACAGCAGUUGGAGUGAUGAUGCUGAUUUCUGCACUCAUGUGUGGUAUUUUAUCUGCUAUUGCAAAGAUCUUUGAGAAUUACAGACUUCCACCAAAGAAUCCUGUUGUGUCCAGUUAUAACUGGUCAGAAACAGAUGUCCUGAUUCUGGCUGGAACUAUUGGCCAUGUUUUGAGUUUGGCGGCAAGCAGUUUUAUAGAAGAGGAACAUCAAACCUGGUAUUUCCUUAUCAAUACACUUUGUUUGGUGCUGUGUCAGGAACUUUGUAGAAAUAAUUUUCUUCUGAAAGAAUGUGACCCUCAACAUAGCACCAAUGUGAAACAAACUUUUGAUAGUAUUGGAGAAUCCUCUGAGUGCAAGAAUAUAGACAUUCCAGCAGCAAGUAGUUCGAAACUGGGCAAGGCCAGCUCUUCAUCUGAAUUCAUAAAAGGAUCAGAUAAGUGGAUAAGCUUAGCAACUCCAUGGAUCAUCCUUAUUUGCUGUCGGCUGCUUCGGUCCUUGAAUCAGACAGGUGUUCAGUGGGCUCAUCGGCCAGACUUCGGACACUGGUUGACAAGCUCUGAACAUAAAUCUGAACUCUCCUUCUUGGCUGCAGUCUCCCUUCUUAUGAUCUUCUUUCUGGUUCAAAGAAGAUGCUCCCUGGUUUCAAAAAUUGCUAUGGCACUCGGGCUCCUGGGAGUCUACAGUUACCGGGCAGCUAUUGGAAAUGUCACAUUUCCAUGGCAAUAUGGUGGCAAAGAUAUUUCAAAGGGGAUUACGGAAGCUCGUUUUGUUUAUGUCUUUGUUCUUGGCAUAGUCUUCACUGGCACUAAAGAUUUACUAAAGUCACAGGUUAUUUCUGCAGACUCCAACAUGAAGAGCACAGGAUUAUGGGAAGUAUAUAGUGGAUUGGUUCUACUAGCAGCUCUUCUAUUUAGACCUCACAAUUUACCAGUCUUGGUGUUUUGUCUACUGAUUCAGACAAUGAUGACAAAAUAUAUUUGGAUACCUUUGAAAUUUGAUGCAGCACAGAUUACUAUCAUGCACUAUUGGUUUGGCCAAGCUUUCUUCUAUUUUCAGGGAAAUUCAAAUGGCAUUGCUACUGUGGACAUUUCAGCAGGUUUUGUGGGACUAGACAGCUACGUGGAGAUACCAGCUAUCUUCCUUACAGCAUUUGCAACAUAUGCAGGACCCUUCCUUUGGGCCAUCCAUCUGCUAUGCUACUUGAGUUCUGAAGUUAGCAGGAAUUCCGCAGCAGUGGGUCACGGCUGUUUCUGCUACGCUCUAAUGCGUUCAAUUCCAGUUGCCGUUUAUGUUGUUUUGGUGACAGGUCUGCGCUACCACCUGUUCAUAUGGAGUGUUUUCUCGCCAAAGCUCCUGUACGAGGGAGUGCAUGUGUUCAUCACAGCUGCUGUCUGCAUGUUCUUCACAGUAAUAGAUCAGAACCACUCUCACAAAGUGCAAGACUGAAAACAGGUGUGUGGUAUGUGGUUCUGCAUUGCAGUGUCCAGUGUGCCACUGGAAUGGAAGAAGGAAAAUACCGGCUUUAAAUUGUUGUGAAGAUUUUGAAGAGUAAAUUGUUAAAUUAUUUGGUUUUUUUUAGUCAAGAUCAGUCUUGUGUUACAACUGAGUUUGCUUUAAAAAUGUUGAAUUGAAAUAAACUGUUUUGUCAUGGA